AUGUCUCUUUCUCUAGAAAGAACUGAGCCUCAAUCCCUUCAGCGGAGCCGUUAUAAUUAUUUGACAGUUGUUGGCCUGUUUUUUGUCUAUCUAACCACGCUCGGCCAGUUAAAUUCGUUCAGUGCCUACCAAGACUAUUACGAAGAAAGCAUGCUAUCAACUUAUUCUCCGUCAACCAUUUCGUGGGUGGGAACGUCGCAGGUCUUCCUCCUAGGCAUAGUGGGACUACUCUCGGGUGCUAUGUACGACCGGGGAUACAUCCGCCAGGUUCUCAUCCCCGGCUUUGUUUUCGUUGUUCUAGGGUUGCUUCUACUCAGCUUUUCUCGUCAAUUUUGGCACGUUCUUCUAUCGCAGGGGUUUCUAGUCGGUAUAGGGGGCGGCUUGUUGUAUGUUCCAGCAAUCUCUAUUGUGUCACAUAAUUUCGCAACCCGGUCUGAAUUAGCUCUCGCUAUUGCAGGCACCGGGGCUUCUGUGGGAGGUAUCAUCUGGCCCAUCUCAUUUCGCAGGCUACUGGCUUCUAUCGGAUUCGCCUGGGCCAACCGCGUCAUCGCCUUCAUCGUCUUAGUCCUGGCAGUUGGAUCGUAUUUCGCUCUUAUGGUCCAUUCUCGACUCAAUUGUCGUCACAUUUUUGAACUGUUCAUACGGCGCCCAAAGACCGAGAAAUUGAACGAAGGCAAUAUCCCCGUCAUAGACAAUGGGUAUCUCGGCAUAUUACGCACUGCCUUCGAAGGCCAAGGAUAUCAAUUUCUAUGCAUUGGGAUAUUUUUUACCUUCUUCGGAUAUUGGGUUCCCUUGUUCUACAUUGUCCCCUAUGCCGCACGCUCACUUGACACGUCCCCAACCUACGCCUCUAAUCUACUCGCAAUCUUAAAUGCCGGCAGUUUAUUUGGUCGUGUCAUUCCAGCUGCUGUGAGCCAUAAAGUUGGCGUAGCUAAUGUCCUCUUGGCGGGAGUCGCAGCGAUGGGCGUCGUGAUACUGGCUUGGAUUGGCGUCGAGAGCGUGGCAGGGAUAACGGUUUGGUCCGUUGUUCUAGGGUUCACAACAGGCAGUAUUAUCACGAUGCCGAAUCCGGUGGCAGCAAGACUUUCCCAGGUUUCGAAUACUGGCGUGCGCAUAGGUAUCAUGUGGGCAGUAGCAGCUGUUGCGGAGCUAAUUGGACCGCCUAUAGCAGGCGCAUUGCUGACACAACGAGAUGGGAAAGUUAGCUAUUUGGGCUGUCAAGUCUUUGGUGGAGUUAGUGUUUUGAUAGGUGCUGUCUUUCUUACAGUUCCCGCAUAUCGUACAUAUAAAGAUGGAAGACCUGAGCAGCAAUUAGAUUAA